UCUUUGCUUCCGGGGGAGAAGAUGGAGACACUGCACCGGCUGAAGCAGUUUGACGCUUACCCUAAAACCUUAGAAGAUUUCAGGGUGAAGACGUGCGGUGGGGCAAUAGUUACCCUGAUCAGUGGCCUCCUCAUGCUGUUUCUUUUCUUCUCCGAGCUCCAGUACUACCUCACUAAAGAAAUCUACCCAGAAUUAUUUGUAGAUAAAACAAGGGGAGAUAAGUUAAAAAUAAACAUUGAUAUUUUAUUUCCGCAUAUGCCUUGUGCUUAUCUUAGCAUAGAUGCAAUGGAUGUAGCCGGGGAACAGCAGCUUGAUGUAGAGCACAAUUUGUACAAGCGGCGCUUAGAUAAAGAUGGAAAUCCAGUCACUUCAGAGGCAGAAAAACAUGAUUUAGGACAAACAGAAGAACAUAUAGUAUUUGAUCCAAAAUCCUUAGAUCCUAAUCGAUGUGAAAGCUGCUACGGAGCAGAGACUGAUGAUUUCCGGUGUUGUAAUACUUGUGAUGAUGUGCGAGAGGCCUACCGCAGAAGGGGAUGGGCGUUUAAAACUCCAGAUUCAAUAGAACAGUGUAAAAGGGAAGGAUUCAGCGAAAAGAUGCAAGAGCAAAAGAAUGAGGGCUGUGAGGUGUAUGGGUUUUUAGAAGUUAACAAGGUUGCUGGAAACUUCCACUUUGCACCUGGGAAAAGCUUCCAGCAAUCUCACGUACAUGUUCAUGACUUGCAAAGCUUUGGACUAGAAAAUAUAAAUAUGACGCAUAACAUCAAACAUCUGUCAUUUGGAAGGGAUUAUCCUGGUAUUGUAAAUCCUCUUGAUGGGACCAGUGUGGCAGCAGUACAAGCUUCUAUGAUGUUUCAAUAUUUUGUAAAAAUUGUCCCUACCAUGUAUGUACAAGUUGAAGGAGAAGUUUUACGAACCAAUCAGUUUUCAGUUACCAGGCAUGAAAAAAUAGCCAACGGACUGAUUGGAGAUCAAGGUUUGCCUGGAGUAUUUGUUCUGUAUGAGCUGUCACCAAUGAUGGUUAAACUUACAGAGAAGCAUAGAUCGUUUACACAUUUUCUAACAGGAGUAUGUGCCAUUAUAGGUGGAGUAUUUACAGUUGCAGGUCUUAUUGACUCUUUAAUCUACCACUCUACACGAGCUAUUCAAAAAAAGAUUGAACUGGGAAAAACCACAUAGGAGAACAAAUCAUUGUCACCAGCAGAAGAGGGAUCUAUGGAAAUGGGGACGGAAUAUUUAAAUGACAGUAAUGUGUGUGCUUCAGUUUGUGACGUGAUGUCACAGAGGUACAAAAUAACAGAACCAAGAAACAGAGACCUCCCUAAAAUAUUUGUAUUCCGAGCCAGCAGCGUCAAUCACAAAGGUCCUAGAGGUAUAAUGUGCAAUUGUCUUUGACAAAAUUCAGCAGGUUUGUGUUCUUGUAACAAGGGAUUUUUUUAUUAUUUUAAUUUACCCCGUGGUCUGUUUGGCAAAUUAGCAGUGCAUCUAGGAGCAAAAUAUUAAGGAUCUGCUUUAAGUAUGAAAUAAGACUGGAGUUUCCAUUCCUACCUAUAAUUGUUGUGCAUAUCUCGCCAACAAAGUAUCAUCUACAAUGAGGAAAGACUAGUGGCGAUCUGGUGAAGAUGUGUGCACCUGAAACAACAUUGAAGGGGAUUAAAAAUAUCCAAUACAGAUCUGUUGGUGUUUUCAUUUUUAAUUUCAGUAUGAUGAGUAAAUAAAAGAAUGCUGACUCCGCAGAAGGGUCUACAAGAACUACACCAGCAUUUGGAUUUAUUUCAACAUUAGCAUUGCAGGGUUGUAAUAAUUUAUUUAGGCAGUAUAUUGUCACCUGUUUUUUUUUCUCCUUUUUUAUUAUACAUCCCACCUGUUUCUAGGGAUUAGUUCACUGCUGUCCAAGGGAAAUUAUUUUGUGUAUGUGUAUUGUACAUUGCUUUAAACAGGAAUUCUACUUUUUAUAAAA